CCCUCUGCUGGGUUCCGGGAUGGAGCGGGCACCGGGAUCGGGGUCGGGAUCGGGAUCGGGAUCGGGAUCGGGAUCGGGAUCGGGGUCGGGACCGGGGCGCUGGGCCGCCACCGCCUGCGUGGUGACCGGCGCUUCCCGCGGCUUCGGCCGCAGCCUGGCGCGGCUGCUGGCGCCGCAGCUCGGGCCCGGCUCGGCGCUGCUGCUGCUGGCGCGCUCCGCGGAUGCGCUGGCCGAGCUGGCGACCGAGCUGCGCGCCGGGGCCACCGGCAAUGCCACCGGGAGCGGCACUGGGAGCGGCCCCGGCAGCAGCGAGCUGCGGGUGCAGUGCGUGCCCGCUGACCUGGGCUGCGAGGAGGGGCUGCGGAGGGCGAGCGCUGCCCUGCGGGAGCUGCUGCAGGACGCGUCCUUCGGCCGCCUGCUCCUGGUCAACAACGCCGGCUCCUUGGGAGACAUCUCCAAAUCCUUCCUGGAGCUCACCGACCUGGAGGAGAUCAACACCUACUUCUCCUUCAACAUCAGCUCUGCACUGUGCCUGACCUCCACAGCCCUGAGGGCCUUUGGGGCACGGCCUGGCAGCAGCAGGACCGUGGUGAACAUCUCAUCCCUGUGUGCCCAGGAGCCCUUCCCCAGCUGGGCCCUGUACUGCUCUGGGAAGGCUGCCAGGGAUAUGAUGUUCCGUGUGCUGGCCCUGGAGGAGCCCGGGGUCCGUGUGCUCAACUAUGCCCCAGGGCCCCUGGACACGGACAUGCAGCUCCUGGCCCGGACCAGGACUGGGGACCCUGGGCUGCGCCAGCACUUCCAGAGGCUGCAGGAGCAGGGGCAGCUGAUCCAGAGCUCUGUGUCAGCCCAGAAGCUGCUCCAGCUCCUGCAGGAGGAUUCCUUUCCCUCUGGAGCACACGUGGAUUUCUUUGACAUCUGAGACCCUCCACUUUUGCCUGCCUGCUUUGCUUCCAGCUGAGCCUUUCCCUGGUGCCUCCAGCAGGACCUUGUUCAAAUCCUGAGAUCUGGGAAGCUUUAAGGGCAUCUCUGUGUUCCUUGUGGUGCCCUUUCCUGGCUCUGUGUGCCUUGUGGUGCCCUUUCCUGGCUCUGUGUUCCCUGUGGUGCCCUUUCCUGGCUCUGUGUGCCUUGUGGGGCUGGGCAGCAGCUCCUGCUGCUGAGCCCUCGCUGGCAGGGCUGCAGUCCCUCACUCCCAGGGAUUUGGGAUUUGUCCCCAUGGAAUCACCCUGGAGGCUCAAAGUCAGGAGUUUGUGGGAGCCAGAGGCACACGAGGGCUGUGCCAGCCCCAUGGAAGGCUCAGCAGGAGCUGUGCCCCCCUGUGUGUCCCCUUUGUCCCCAAGGAGCCAUUCCUGGGCUGGGGGUGUCCCCUGUGGUGGUGUUUGAGGGUCCCCAGGAUGGGGUGAGAGAUGAGAAUUUGACUCCAUUUUCAGAAGGCUGAUUUGUUAUUUUAUGAUAUGAUAUUAUAUUAAAAGAAAAUGAUAUUCUAAAGAAAAGAGAGACAUCAGAACGGUAGAAAGGAAUGAAUAAUAAAAUCUUGUGGCUGACCAGAGAGUCUGACACAGCUGGGCUGGGAUUGGCCAUUAAUUAAAAACAAUCCACAUGGAACCAAUCCAAGAUGCACCUGUGGGUGAGCAACCUCCAGCCCACAUUCCAGGCAAUCGGAUAAUUCUUGUUCCCAUUCCGUUUCUGAGGCCUCUCAGCUUCUCAGCAGGAAAAUCCUGGCGCAGGGGUUUGGCAGGAGCUGUGGCAGAGCCCGUCCCCGGAGCCCCGGCUCUGUCCCCGCUCCCCGGGGCUCCGGCAGGGCUGGGCUGGGCUGGAUCCUGGUUCGGCAGCAGCGAAGCCUCUCCCGGUGCUUUUCCCACCAGCACCAGUAACCACCAGGAGAGGGAGCAGCCUCGGAGGAAUUGGGAAUUUUGGGAGCCUGGUGGGGCCACCGGCUCACAGAACCUGAGCAGAGACAGCCCUGAGUUCCUGCCCUGCUCCCCUUGCAGGUUUUGGGUCCAAGCCUUGCUUUGGGGAUUCAGCCCCUUCCUUUUGACUAUUUGUGGCGUUUUCUGGUCAUUUUUCCUUCAGAUCCCAGCAGGCACAGCCACACAGAGACUUUUCUGGAAAGCUGAUGCAGAAAAGUUGUUCUGAAGCCCUGAAAUGUGUCCUGGAAAUGCCCAGGGCCCCUCUGUGCCCCCUGCACCCCAACCCUGCAGCUCCGAUUUUGUCCCCCUGGCUCUCAAGAAGGAAAAUUCUAAAAUCAUUAAAAUGAUGAAGCCUG